GGGUGGGGCUCACAGACUGCCCUAGGCGGGGAACUGCUUUCUCUUUCUGCAGAUAUGCUGUGGAUCAUGGCUGUCCUGCCUCUGGUGCUUGCUGGCCCCGAGUUAAAUGUUCGAAUGCAAGGGACUGAUAGCAUCUCUGAGGGUUUGGAGUUGAAGAGGAGCGUUCGUGAAACCGACAACAACUGCUCAGAAGGGUUAUAUCAAGUGGGCCCAUUUUGCUGUCAACCGUGUCAGCCUGGUGAACGAAAAGUUAAGGACUGCACAACAAGUGGAGGUGCACCAACCUGCCAUCCGUGCACAGAAGGGGAGGAGUACACGGACAGGAAACACUAUUCUGAUAAAUGCAGAAGGUGCGCCUUCUGUGAUGAAGGGCAUGGUUUAGAAGUGGAAACGAACUGCACCCGGACCCAGAAUACCAAGUGCAGGUGCAAAGAAAACUUCUAUUGCAAUGCUUCUCUCUGUGACCACUGUUAUCACUGCACCUCGUGUGGACUUGAAGACAUCCUUGAGCCUUGCACACGAACCAGCAACACCAAAUGCAAGAAACAAAGUUCCAAUUAUAAGCUCCUUUGGCUGCUGAUCCUCCCCGGUUUGGCAAUUCUAUUUGUGUUCAUAUAUAAAAGGUACCGGAAGAGGCAACCUGGUGACCCUGAAUCUGGAAUCCCAAGUCCUGAAAGUGUGCCAAUGAAUGUCUCAGAUGUUAACUUGAAUAAAUACAUCUGGAGAACUGCCGAAAAAAUGAAAAUCUGUGACGCUAAAAAAUUUGCUCGGCAGCACAAGAUCCCGGAAAGCAAGAUCGAUGAGAUCGAGCACAACAGCCCCCAAGAUGCAGCUGAGCAGAAAAUCCAGCUGCUCCAGUGCUGGUAUCAAUCUCACGGGAAGACUGGUGCGUGUCAAGCUUUAAUCCAGGGUCUCAGAAAAGCUAACCGCUGCGACAUCGCAGAGGAAAUUCAAGCCAUGGUCUGGGAGGACCAUGAAAACUCAAUCUCAAACAGCAGAAAUGAAAAUGAAGGACAAAGUCUGGAGUGAAAACUACCUCGGUUCCAGCCACAAAGAGAGGAGAGAGCCUGCCACCUAUGACGGGCACCAAAAUGAAAGCCAACUGCAUCGACACCGGCAAUUCCUGGCGUGUUCUUUUUGCCAGCAAAUGGUAGCCUGUGCUCAGCGAGGGUCCAAUGACCUGCAGGUUCCAGAGAUUACAUCUGUUAUUCUGCACAGGUGUUGAGAGGAACCGUUUCCUCAGUCUCAUUUCCUCAGUCUUCCGCUAUUUUGUGACUUUUACGUUCAAACCUCCAUGGAAGUCAUGCUAAAUGUGAAUUGGAAUCCGCAGUGUUUGUGUUUAUGUUCAUAAUACUGUGAACUGAGGCGUCUUAUAAACGGAAACAAAGACCUUCCUCUGGUGGAUUGUUCUUUUCCUCUCUAUAUGGAAAUGUGGAAUAGAAGAAAUACUUUUUAAAUUAACGUAUCGUUUUUGCAUUUCUAGUUGCCUAUUAUAGAAAUGUGUAAUAGAAGAAAUAAUGUUUUAAAUUAACCUAUCGUUUUUUGCAUUUCUAGUUGCCUGUUAUGGAAAUGCAAAAUAGAAGAAAUACUUUUUAAAUUAAGAUAUCGUUUUUGUAUUUCUAGUUGCCUGUUGUUUUCUUGUUAUUUUACUUUUCUUUACUCUAAUGACCCACCAAACAUUGUCUGCUCAAUGAGUCGUUAAAGGUGGAUUUGAUCUCUUAGGGGGAAAUUCCUUUGCAAAGCCUUUCCACAGUUAAGUGGUUCAUUCCGUGACUGCUACUGUGGAGAAGACUUUAGCUGGGCAGAUGUCUGAUAUUCUUAAGGAAUCUCACUACCAUGAUCUCAAAAGUGCAUGUAAGUAGAAAGAGUACACGUCUUGGGGAUUUGCCUACAAUUUUCUCUGAGGGAUGACCGUCUUGGCUGUCCCGUCCAGCUUUCUAGUUGGAAAGAACCGAAGGACAAACCCAGUAGCGUUCAGCGAUGAAACUCCCAUGUUUAAAGGUGAAAUUAAACAUGAGAACAUCCUGUGCCUACUUUGAGGAGUUUGAACUUGAACCAAGAACUUUGAGUCCCUUUUACAAAGCUUCGUACUUGAGGAUGUGAGUCUUUUCCCCCUGGCUUCACCCAGAGGCUCCAGGAAUGACUGCUCUGACAUCAAUAAUCAUGGCUGUGUUCUGGACUUAAAGUGACUUCUAGUUCCAAAGUUACCUUGGCUUAGUGAUUGCAUCUCGUUUGUGGUAGACAUCAUGAGCAGGGAUACACUCAAAUAUCACUUACAGGCUGCAGAAAAAAAAAGACUAUCUACAAAAGGAGGACAGAGACCCUGCGGGCCUUGCAUACUUAAACAUCUAGACAUUCUUUGUUAGCACCUAAGGAGUCCUCUGGUAUUUGACCAGGUCCUGUGCAGUGCCACAUUGUUAAUUUCUGCGUAGUGAUCUAGAUGUGCAGUGUCUGCAAUUAUUUCCCAUGCUCUCUUCUGAAUGGAAAUUUAUCUGCAUUAGAAUUUUAUACCAGGAGCUGGGAGGUAACUCAGUAGUAAAUUACCUUCAAGCA